AUGCUGGUCGGCUGUCGAUUCGAGCGGCUGUCGCUGUCUGCGGCCUGGUUGGCUCUGGCUGGCUUCAGCAGGAGGGGUGCUGCGGUUUCGGCACGAGGCGCUAAGGAGAAUCUGAAUGUUGGCACAAUUGGACACGUUGACCACGGAAAGACCACGCUCACCGCUGCCAUAACACGUGUGCUUUCCACCAAAGGAAAGACAAAAUUCGUGAAAUUUGAAGAAAUUGACAAGGCAAAGGAGGAACAAAAGCGUGGCAUAACGAUAAAUAUAGCCCACGUGGGCUACGAAAGUUCUUUGCGUCGAUAUGCGCACACCGAUUGCCCCGGACACAGUGAUUUCAUUAAAAAUAUGAUAUGUGGAGCCACGCAAAUGGAUGUCGCCAUUUUGGUGAUUGCUGCCACUGAUGGUGUGAUGGCACAAACAAAAGAGCAUGUUUUACUGGCGAAACAGGUGGGUGUUAGCAAUAUUGUUGUGUUCGUGAAUAAAAUUGAUCUGGUGGACGAUGAUGUCGCGACGCUGGUAGAAAUCGAAGCACGCGAAUUAUUGGAACAACAUGGGUAUAAAGACGAAUCAGUGGUUGUUGUAAAAGGUUCGGCAUUGAAGGCUCUGCACGACGAUGAUGAAGAGUGUAUUGAAAAGCUGAUUUCUGCACUGGACGCCAUUCCUCUUCCGAAGAGGCUGCAAGAUGAACCGUUUUUAAUGCCUGUGGCAUCGCGAGUGUCGAUCACCGGAAGGGGAACAGUUAUCGUUGGGACAAUAGAACAGGGCAAGCUGAAAAAGGGUGAUAAGAUUGAAAUCAAAGGCGAAGGCGAGUGCUUGAAUUCAGUCGCCUCUGAUAUACAAGUCUUCAAGAAAAGUGUCGCUGAAGUAAGUUGUUCAAAUUUUGAUUUUUCUUUAGUGCUGGUGACUGCUGGGAAAAUUAAGCCCUGUAUGAUUUGUUGUGGUGGUUAA